CUAGAACAUGUUCUUUUUUUAUAGGUAUGUUUUGCCAAUUUGUUAGUUAUCAUCAUUCAGAAGUUCAAAAGGCUACUAACAAAUAGCCUUUUGUACAUUGCUUUUUCAACCACAAGAAAAGAAAAAUCAACUAAAGUCCCUAUCCAUCCCCCUUCUAUCAAUACCUUCAAUCAAUACCUUCAAAAUUUGGUUGUAGACAAAAGUGUUGCCCAACUCUUUCUUUGUUGGACACUAGCAUAGCUAAAUCAGUCUACAAGUGAAACAAACAACAAGAAGGAAAACAAAGGAAAAGAAGAGAUGAAAAGCAUCAAGGGAGGAAUUCUAAGGAAAAUCAAUUCCUUUCCAACAUUAGUUUUCCAAGUAAAUCAUCCAACCAAACACUUCCAAAGUCACCUAACAACAAAUACACAACAUCACAAUGAAAUGUUUUGUCAAAACAUUAUGUCCGAUCUUACAAAUGAUGUUCAAGACAAAAUGAAAAACACUUCUACAUGUGAAUGUGAAACUCAUCAUUCUAGUACUACAACUAUUACUCUUCAAGAAUCAGACACCAUGGAGGAAAACAAAGGCUUGGAUGAUUUUGAAUACAAGUGCCCACCAGGAGGAAAAGACGCGGUCAUUUUUUACACGACGAGCUUAAGGGGGAUAAGAAAAACGUUCGAGGACUGCAACAUGAUCCGAUUUCUCUUAGAAAGCUUUCGAGUUGUCUACUACGAGCGAGAUGUAUCCUUACACGUCGAGUAUAGAGAGGAAUUAUGGCGGAUUUUUGGUCGAAAAGUAGUCCCUCCAAGUUUGUUUAUUAGAGGUAGACACAUUGGUGGAGCUGAUGAAGUUGUUGGAUUUCAUGAACAAGGGAUUUUAAAGAAACUCUUACAUGGAAUUCCUUUGAUUUCUUCAAAUUUUCCAUGUAAAGGGUGUUGUGGGAUUAGGUUUGUUUUGUGUUUGAGUUGCCAUGGAUGUUGCAAGAUCAUUGAUCAAGAAGGGAAAGAUACUAAUGGAUAUCGAAUUCGAUGUCCAGAAUGUAACGAAAAUGGAUUGAUCAAGUGUCCUGUUUGUAGCUAAUGUGCCCAUGAUCUUGUAAAUAUAUUAGUCUUUAUGUUGACUAUAUGUAAACUAUGCUGUUUGUAGCUAAUUUCUGGCCAUGUUCUUGUAAAUAAAUUAAUCUUUAUGUUGAGUGUUGACUGUAUGUAAACUAUGCUGUUUGAAGCUAAUUGACCAUAUUCUUGUAAAUAUAUUAAUCUUUGUGUUGAC